AUGGCGUCGUUUGUGUUAUACUGGGGCCACAUGAAUCGUGGCGGCCAGGAUAACCUCAAGUUGUUCAUCAACGAAGACCAGACACCCUUUGCUACACUCAAGCACAGGCGACGGGUUGUCAAGAUACCGAUCGAGCUUCCAGACGUUAGCUGCAGAGUUCGAUUCGAGGGGAAGCUGUGGUAUGAAAAGCCCGACGGCAAAGGAACUCAAAUUCUAUUCAAAGCUUCUCGUGAGGCAGCCACCCUUGCAGACAAAGAAGUGGGCUUGGUAGCUGGAGCCAUCGGAGCCACAAUUGGGGAGUUUGAAGUCUUUACAUUCAUUCGGCAAACUGCAGAGCUGCCAAAGCCGUUCCAGCAAAAGUCUGGCCAUCGGCGUGUGGAGAUCUAUGUGUUUGAGAACGAUGCCACAAUAUCAUACCAGGACGGUGAGGGUGCACAUGAGAAGUCUUUGACGAAGCAUUCAAUUACUGAGCUUUUUAUUCCUGGUACCUUCUGCUGCGAGUUGCCUGGGAAGAUGAGGAGUCAAUACGAUAUCCACGACUUUCACCAGAAACAAUUCAUGACCUUCUAUCCCGGAGGGCCCGAAGACAUCGUCUUCACCGAAGUGGGCACAGCUCGUGCCUCGCCAGAGCCGCCAGCGCCGCAAGCGCCGCAAGCACCCGAAGACCAAGCGCCAUUGAUAGCAGGCUCUCCCCAAGCACCGCGUGUGGAAGAAGCAGGUCUAUGUGAUGCCUGUCCUUGCAGCAUCCAGUGA